GAAAACUCAUCUGCUAUCAACUUUUUGAAGAACCUAUUGCGAUAAAUUUUUAUUUUAGAAAGUCUAGGGAAGUUGGCGUAAUAAGUUGUUGACGAAUUUUAUUUUGAAUUUGUGUCUUCUAAACAAUGUUACGCACAGUCCUACAAAGCACUAAAGUGCUUCUUGCCAAGCCAAAUAAAUUUCCACAAGUAUGUACACAAUAUUCCAGAAACCUCUCAGUUACUGUUCCUAACUUCGAUAAGUCCGAAAUUCAAAUAACAUUUGUGAAAGCCAGUGGUGAAAAAAUUACCUCAAAGGCAAAAGUGGGAGACACGAUCCUAGAUGUUGUGGUAAACAAUAAUAUCGACCUGGAUGGAUUCGGAGCCUGUGAAGGUACACUCACAUGUUCAACUUGCCACUUGAUAUUUAAGCCCGCCGACUACGAAAAGCUCCCUGACAAACCUGGCGACGAAGAGCUCGAUAUGCUAGAUCUAGCCUAUGACCUCACUGAUACGUCUCGUUUGGGUUGUCAAAUAACGCUCACCAAAGAUAUGGACGGCUUAGAAGUUCAAGUUCCAGCGACUGUCAAUGACGCUCGUAGUGCGUAGCAUCGUCAGAGUCGCGCAAACUGCAAACCUGCUAUGAAUAUCUAAUUCUAGAAUCAUUUCUUUAGGUAGCUCUAUUUUCGGUGUGUUACAAUGUAAAGUUUGUAUUGUUAUGAAAUAUAAAUAAAAAACAAAGGUGCAUAUAUUUUUUUAAAAAUUAA